CUGAUCAGAAUAAUGGCCGCCGGAGUUGCUGUAGACGCUAGGCUUCGCUAAGUACGGACAAUAUUGUGUUUGCUCUCGCAAACAAGUCAUAUUGAAAUUUUAAUACACCAGAGUCCACACCUAAUUUGCAUACACAAAGAAAACAAUCAGACUGCGAGCGUGUGUCAGAUGAAUUGUAAUAUCGUACCUAGCAGAGAGGCCCCAGAGAGGGCGUGAUUCUCUUUAAGCAAAAUGGCUUACGGUGCGGGAGCAGCUGGUGCUGGUUAUAUGUAUCAAAUUUGCGAUAAACUCACCGAGGCAGUAGUCACGUUUGUGAACUCCAUUCACUUCAACAAGGAUGAGGUUAAGGGGGAGACCAAGCGAAGACAACUGAAUCUUACACAAGCAUACGCUUUGCUUUGGCAAGAGUCCAAGGAUGGUGAAGUGGAAGGCGCAAUGGAGCUACGAGCAGGUGCUGUAUGUGCCGCAUUGGUCGAUUUAAUUGUGCUGGACAGGGUAGAAAUCGAGAUCGAUCAGAAGUCACUGCUAGGAAUUAAAUACGAGAAUUCACUGUUAAAGGUAAAGUUGCAUUCUAUACGUCUUUAAUACCUACAAUGGCAACUUUUUUAAAUUCUCUGCCCUACUUAGAAGUCUCGUUGAGGGGCAAACCCUCGAAUUUUUGAACAUAGGCAAUAUAGUGAGCCAAUAAUUUGAAUGUAUUUAUUUAUUUGGCCACCAAAAGUAUUCCAAAGACUUGAUAAAAAUGACAAAAAUGUCCUCAUAGAAUCUCCAACCGCUGUAUUAGAUACAGAAAGAGGGCGCCAUACGAAAAUGCGGGUGCUACCCCCCGCUGUAAAACUGAUUGUUUGUAAUUGUUUGUGUGAAUACAAAUUGCUUAAUUAUAUAAAAUGCGUCAGGAAGAUAGCAGCAAUAUACAAAAAUCGUAAAGAAUGGCAACUGCUUUUUGAAGAAUACGUGUAAGAAAAACAUUUGUUCAUACCCAUAACUGAUUAGGACCUGCCAACUGUUUUGGAGGGAGUCAGUGAACUUUUAAGUAAGGAUGUUUUGAGCUGUGACAUAGUUUGAAUUAAUUACCAGACUACGAGUAGUACCUCAUUUUCCCUCAGGGAUGGUACCUGAUAGUAGAGCAAGUGAAACGCGAGCACCCAUGAAAAUUAUCCCAUGUGAGAAAGGCAAGAUGCGCCGGGGCAGAGAGAAAAAUGAGGGACUACAGACAAAGUCCAAGCUUUUGACCCUUCAUGGCCAACUGAUUUUGGUGUGUGAAGUUUGUAUUGCCUUUCAAAUCAAUUAAGUGUAACAAAAUGGGAUUCCUUCUCUCAUUGAGCUGUCAAUGCUAUUGUCAUCAGUAAACAUCAAGUGUUGAUAGUGGCUGGUGCGUCAUGGAAGAGCAUUGUGAGAGCAGCGCUUAAAGUCAAAAGCCUGGGCUUUGCCUGUAGUCCCUCUUUUUUCUCUCUCUCUGUCGUGUGUCGCCUUUCUCACAGGGGGUGAUUUUUACGCAUGCAUGUAUUUUGCUCGCUCUACUAUCCCUGAGGGAAAAUGGGGGAGUACUCGUAGUCUAAUUAAUUACAAACAUUUCUACUAAAUAUGACUUUUGUCUUACUACUAUACAAAUCUUGUAGGGUUUUACUCGCGGCAUCUUCAUCCACCUGUGUCAGAAAUAGACAAUGGGCCUACAUGUCCCUGACUUUGAAAAGUUAUGGGCCAUUAAGGUGGCUGAACACAGUUUUAGCAGUUUGUGAAUAUAUGUCAUUUGCCAAAUCAUGGCAAGAGAAGGGUUGCAGCUCACAAGCUGUGACUGACGGGUAAAAUUUGACAUUUUCGUUGUUUCCAUGACAACAUGAACAAUUGAAUACAACCUGAAAGUUUCACUUUUGCUCAGUUUACAUAAAAUUCACUCAUUAGAUUUUCCUAUAAACUUGUACACAGCUUACUAUAAUAUUAAUCAUUACCAUUUGACACUUAUUUGACCAAAUUUUAACGGACGGGUUUUUAGGUAAUUGAUAAAUAAAUAUAAUUGUACUGUAAUAUUAAACGUUUCCCAAAAAUCAUCUGUUCAAAUUCCAUUUUAAAGUUCUCAUUAUUUAAAAUACGAUAAAAGUAAAAAUUCCGCCAAGUACCACCAAUUUUUUAAUUAAUGAGUAGAUUUUGAGAAAUCGCCUUCUCUGUAACAUUGCUUUUUUCGCUGCCAUGUUUGUUUGUCUAAUAAUAUUUAUUAAAAAACAUGCGCCGUCAUGCAAGUUUAACCACUGACCGCCUGCAAAACACCAUGUCACAGGAAAUGAAAUUAUAUGUGCAAUUGAAGAUAUAAAAGUGUGUCGAUCAUCAUCAUCAUGAACAUCAGGGUUUGCAUUCACUCAACCCCUCCCUGGAUCGAUCCCACAGGUGUCUGCGCUUGGCUAAUCUUAGCCGUAAGGGUCCGAUCUGCUGUCUGAUGAGAUUGUCUCUCCAUCUUGUUUUUGGAUGACCCGGUUUUCUGGUCCAAUCUCUUGGGUCCACAGUCUGUUGCUCUGAUGGUCCAAUGAUUAUCAAAUAGCCAGGCAAUGUGACCUGCACAUCUACGCUUUGCUUCUCUGAUAGUGUUGAUGAUAUCGCUUACACCAGUUUCUUGACAGAUCCAGGUGUUUUGCUUUUGAUCCUAAAGGGUAAUGCCUAGUAUUAUGCGUUCCACCUUACGCUGGUUGACUGCAAGCUUAUCCAUCAUAGCGUUGUUAAGUGCCCAUGUCUCACAACCAGAUGUCAUUACUGGUAAAAUAGUGUGUUCAGUAUUUUAUUGUGAUUAGGUACCAAGUAUUUUUCAGUUUUUAAUUAUGUUUAUUCAGGUUUUACAAAAUGUACUGAAUCAAUCAGUGCAUCCAUUCAACUUACAUGUAACUCAGGAUAUAAAGAGCAAUCAAUUUGACCCUUUUAGCAGUCACUAUAUUAUUUUGAUACACAGAAAGUUGCGUAGCUAGCACAAGCUAAGUCUAUUAUUAAGAAUAAGAAUUAAGCAUGAUAAUUGCUAAGUCUAAACUAAACUGAGUAAGUGACUCCAAUCCAACUUACUGUAACUUUGAAGCUGAUACUUCUUUGCUAUACUACUUGUUUUCAAUGUUUUGCAAAACAUGGCAUCCCUUUCAAACAUGAGCCACUUUGCGCGGUUGGAAUUUUCUGUAUUCGUUACUUGCAGGCCUGGAAAGUGUUUUUAUAUCGUUGUUCUUGUUUUCAUUUUCGCAGUUGAUCUUGAACUUGGCUGUCAUAUUCGUGCUAAAAAAGGGAGUCUCUUUGGAGGCAUUAUCUCAAUAAUAAAAUUUUUUAUUAAAAUGUUAAAUGAAUUUGUUUUGGCAAGAAAGACAAAGACAGCUAGAAGCAAAUAUCAACUCAAAGCACGUCUGUCUUGACAGAACUGAGUGCAUUUGCAAACUUUAGAUCACUGAUCAAAGAAACAAAGGGUUAGGUUCAUGUUUUUAUUUGUUGUACACGUAACACCAAAUUAAUACAGAUUAAGGAGCUUAUAACUAAAGUGCUCAUUACGCGACUUUAGGGUGGCUAGCAGUUUUAUAGUGCAACAUUUUCUAACUUUAAUAUGGGCCAUGCACAUGGCCCACGGCCUUCCCAAUCCCUGCUACCUAAUUAGGGGAUGAGGUUUUCAUACAAUCUGAAGAAUCACUCAGAUCUAGGAGGGUGUCAUGUACCGUUAUAAUGAAUGAGACUAUCCAAGAUCUGCAUAUUAUUGUUCAGAUCAUAAAAAAGCUGAACCCAUUAUGUAUGUUUAUGCAAAAUACACGUAGUUCUUGCUUUAAAACAAGCUUAACUUGAUUGAUGUUAAAUUUCUGUCUUCAUUUGUCUGUUCCAUGAGAAAUUAUGGACAUACAAAGAGAUGUUUAAAAGCUAACAUAUUCUCCAGAUAGCAGUUGCCAUCUGUUUAUUUAGCAUUUUUUGCUGUGUUGCUAUGUUUUAGGCUAAAAUUUGGCUAUUUACAAGUGAGCUUAAUAUGCAAUCUCGUCCCCAGGGAUUCUCGCUUGCCUGAUCCCUUUUUUCUGGUGAUAGCCUUUACUGUGUAGUUAGCUCUGAGGAAUAAGCCAGGGGCCUGAGCAAAUCAGAAACAGAGAGAUAUUGUGAGUUAAAUAUGAUAAUUAUAAUUCCCACUCCUUUUUCAUGAAAAUCCCGCAUCCCGCAAUUUUGGACAUCUCUUUCCUGAAUUCCUUUUUUCUUUCCAAAAAAAAUACAACGAGGCACACUGUCUCUAUAGUUUGGUUUGAACAGGUAAUCAUGCAGCUCCUGGUUUUAGAGGAGAUACCACUUAAUGCUCGCGUGGUUAUUUCAUAAUUGCUGCUCAAACAUAGGAUUUCCCAAAUUCGCGACAUAUGGUUAAAAAAUCCCCUAUCCCAAGCCCAAAUUUUGGCAAAUCUGGCUUCCCAGGUGACCAGGAAAUCCUGUUUCCGGUUAAGAUAAUUAUCCAUUGUUUUCCAGAAUCCCACACUGUAUUUUGGUCAAAUCAUGGAUCGCGAUAAAUCUCUUUUAGACCCUGGUCAGAGUGAGGAAGCAGUCUGCAAUUUUGCUGCUUCUCGUGGAAUACUGGCUCUUAUUCAAUACUAAGGUUUAUUAGUUAAGGCCUUGCAUUGCCAUGCCACCUGUUAUGUAUACUUUGGUUUCAUCAUAUUUGCUUCUUAACACUGUAUAGUUCAACAUUUUGAUUGGGCUGCUACAUGUAUGCUGUAUGUGAAACAGUGUUGACUGUCACAAAAGGAAAAUUAUUCAUCAUUGUUAUCAAAACGCUGCCAAAUGACAAAGUGCUCUCUGUAAAACAUGCCUUUUUGUGGGCCAAAUGGGCAAUGGGCAGGCUGAAAAUGCAUUUGCUGCCCUGAUUUUGAUUGGCUGUAGACUAGAUGUCAAACAACUUUGCAUGGCCAAUGAGAUCCUGAGGAUACCAUUUCAGUGCCAGAGUUGGCGCAAAUUUUUGUGGAUGAAUUUGCACUUGCUCACUUUGUAGUUUUGUGGUGAACGUUUGACGUUUGGAGAUGCUAUUUUAAAAUGGAAAAGUCCCAAAUUUUCAGCUUUUUUCUGGUCAAAAUUUGGACUUAAACAAUGAGCAACUGGAUGAAAUUGAGCAAAAAGCUCAGACAAAAAACAACAAGAGAGCAAGAGUGAGGAGUAAAAAAGUUCGAGAAAUGGUGUGAGAAAAGAAAAAUUAAUUUAUAGUGGAUCUGUGAAUACAGUGAAAUUCUACAAAAGUUCUUCGCUGAAGUGAAAACAGAGAAAGGUUGUGCGUUCACUCCAAGUGCAUGAACUGGAAUGAGAUCAUGCAGGCAUUCAUCGCCAUCCACUCAGCUGAAACAUAAACAUUUUGCAAGAGUCUGCGAAUUCAUGUCCGCCAACAAAACAAUGCUAAACCAAAACACAAAUCAUCUAUUCAGUCAGGAGACAGACAGAAAUUAAAUCGCUACUUCAUGGAAGGGCAGAAAAUGGACGGCGUUUGGAAAGAUGUGGAGAAGUUAGUUGAGUUUAUUAGGUUUUUGUUGUGUUUUCAUUUUGCUUGCUGUGGCAAAGAUUUCGCCUUGUGUACUGUAUUGCAGAUAAUAAUAUAAUGAUAAUCACAUGACUUUUGGCGGGUUAUAAUUGUGUCCCUCAUAGCAUCAUUUGCAACCUUGCUCCGUUCGGGCGCAAAUGAUGCUACUCGGUAUGCCCUCCAAAAGUCAUGUGAUUGUCCUAUUAUUAUUCUUAUUCCAGUAAACAAUAAUUUCAACAAAAAUUUCCAUUCAAGGAAAGUAAGUGGCAGAGCAUAAGUAACGUUCUUUUUUAGUAAUAUCAAAUUUAUUGUGCUCUGAGUCGCAAGACAUCCUUCUCUUAUUGGUUACUGUCAGCAUUUAAACGCAUUAAGGUGGCAGGAAUGCUUGCUGGAAAAUUCAAAUUAAAUGCCUAAGGAAGACCAAUGUGAGUGUGGCUUAAGCUUCAACUAGAUGCAGUAACCUCUAAAGAAGACCGAAUGAAAACAGACAUCUAAAUACAUCUUAAGAGCCACCCAGGUAUCUGAAUAAGUGCCAGGCCUAGGGAUGUUGUGUUCUUUUUUAAGCAUAAUUUCUGUGCGGUCAGUGUCAUGGCAUUUUUUUGUAAAAUUCUUUAGCCAUAGCCCUAAUCCAACGAUCCCUAGAUGAGCAAAUACAGUGACUUUCUGUCCCAAAAACCCUACAUGUAAGUGAGACCAUUAGGCCACUUGCAUUAAGAGGUCAUGUGACCAAUGCUUGCUUUAAAUAAUGAUUGAGCUGGAAUCUUGCUAAUGCCAAAAAUUGGCAGAGCACAUAAAAAUUGUCUUACAUCCGAUAUUGAGAGGAAAUGCAUUUAAUGGAGAUAUUUUAUGGCUCUUUGAUUUUUCAAUAAGGUAGUAUGAUUACAAAUCAAAUGUAAUUGAUCAGAAAUUCUUGCCUCUACAUGUACAUGUUCAGCAUGACUGUCUUUAAAGACACCCCUAGCUAACUUAGUGGCCACCAUAAUGCUUUCCUGAUCAGCAGCUAUUAUUUAUAUGUUUUUUUUUCUUAAAGGUAAAGGAUACUACCCCAACUGGAAUUACAUGUUUAGAUGAUGCUCUUUUCAAACAAAUUAAGAAGCAUCAGGAUAAGUCACCUGAAAAGCCCAAAAAGGUUCAAGAUUAUUUUGAAAAAGAAGUCUGUAUAUGGAAAGAUAAGUCUGAAAAAUCCUGUGCUUACAAAGCGUUGGAUGAUCUUGUGGACCAGGGUAUUCUUGACAAGAAGAAGAAGUUCUUUGGAAUGAAGUAUCCUACUAUACAACCAGGUAAGUCAAUUAAGAAAUUAGCGGGCCAACAUAAGUAAUGAAUUGCAUGACAGCUAGGGCCUGCAGUACAUUAGUUUUUCAAGUGAUGAGGGUGUUGAAUAUUUAUUGAAGUGUGUAGGAAACUGAUGGGAGUGGUCCUUAAGGGUGGCAUCUCUCGGUUCAAAUGGGUCUACAUGUAGUUGUUACAUAUAAAAUAAAGAGUGCAAGGAUUAACACACUCAAUUGUCCAGCAAAUCUGUAAAACAGCUAGUGUGUUUUUCACUUUUCGAGCCUGAAAUUCCUGUUAUUUUUUUUUUUGGCUUUCCAAUAAUUGAUAUCAGCCAGCCAAUUCCCAAUGUGUGGCACUAGCAAACUCCUUUGGUCAUAAGAAGUGUGCUUUGCAAUCAAAAAGGGAUCAAAAUUAUGUUUUUUUAUGCGUUGAUUUUCACUCAUAUUUUGAAGCUUGCUUUUAAAUUAAUCAUUUUUAGUUUACUUAUACAGAUAUCAGUACAAAUUCUUUUUUCAAAUAGUUUAUGGGGCAUAAUAUUUUUUUAUUAGUGGACAACGAUAGCUGUAGGUCAAUCAAUUAGCUCUACAACUGUACUAAAGGGUUCAUUGUAAGUGGUACCUGUAAACCAGGCCUCAGCUGCUCCAAAGUUGGAUAGUGCUAUCCACCUUAUAGAGCAUUUUAACUCGUGUGGACAGCAGCUAUAUGCAAAUUUAUUGGAUCCAAAGAAAGCGUUUACAUGAGAAAAAUGUUGAACUCUCACAGGACUUGUUUGGGAACCCAACAUGGCAGACAUGACGUCAUGUGAAAAUGCUCUAUAUAAUUAAAUCACCAUCCAGUGGGUAAGUAUUUAAAAAAUCCAAUAAAAUAUUCCACUAUCCACUGGAUAGUAAUAAAGCCAUAGUAUAGCACUAUCCACCUUGUAAACAACUGGGGCCUUACUUGGCGCCAGGAGUUGGCACUCAUCUUGAGGUCAGAGUAAGUAAUGAAAAUUAUUCUAACUUCUAAAUCCAGUCACAGGUGUUAUCCUUUCGGGGCUAGGGGUCAGUUCAAUAGUUAACACCUGUCAGGGCAACCUUCAGGGUGUCCAGUUCCUAUUCUUCCUAUUUUUUCCUGUUUUUUGAGCCUACUCCUAUUUUCUCCUCUUUUUAAACUAAAACCUCCCAUCUUUCCUAUUUUGUGGCUGGUGAAGCCAAAAUUUGUAACUAAAUUGAAAGUGGAAUUAUAGUUGUAUGUGCUUUUGAGUGAGCUUUAUCAUAAAGCAAGUAGUAUUUUGACUUUCACAGUGAUGUUCUAAUAUUAGCAAAAAUAAUAGAACUUUACAUUAUUUGUUCUUCCCAUGUCCUCUAUUGCCUAUUAGGGUUCUGUUAACAACUUUGUUAUAUUGCUACUUUACGCGCUUUUGAUCAUAUUUGCAUGGAAAAGGCAUUUUAUAAAUUUUAAAUUAUUAUUAUUAUUACUACUUUUUGUAUAAUUUUCUAGUGCACCUACAUGUAUUGUAUGUCGUGUUAUAGUUGUCAUGACUAUUGAAUAAUAAUGUGCAUAGCACUGAAACUGCAUUUCAAUAUGUGCGUUUUUAUGUUUAUCUUUCAACCUGAAAACAGGAUCAAGUUGUCCUCUCACAGCAAAGGGCAGAUAAAUCAUCCAAUCAGCUUCUUGUUUAAAAAUCCAGUCACUAGCUGAUUCUGGAUGCUACUUGAAAAGAACAGACUAAAGUUUAGUUUACAGCACUAGCCCCCCUUGGUGAGCCCUUUAGCUUGUUAACAGCUGUUCCUAAGCUACUGACAAAGGAUCCAAUAUUUUGGUUGUGAAACCGGUCUUGCAGUCAUAGCUAAGCAGAGUGUUAUGUUCUUCUUAGAACUUAACCAUGACAAACUUACAAUCUGGUUAACCGAAUAGGUCAGACUGUCAUUUUGCAUUAUCUGCUACACCAUAGAUAUCAUUUAACUGGUUGAUAGCACUUAAUCCAACUUUUGGACAACCGGAGGAAUUAUGUCGGAGGUUCCUUUUGUUUUUUGUUUUUUUAACUGAAUUACCUGUUGCUGUUUUUGUUUUCUACCGCAUUGCCUGGGUUACUAACAAUCAUUUAUAAGGAACGUCAUGUUUUAACACAACAUACAUGAAAUAGGUGAUUAAAUAAAGUGUAUUAAUUUUAACUGACAAAAAAUUGUUUGAAUAAUCAGUUUUCAUGAUUCCGCCCUUUGUUUUGCAGAAAAAGAGGCUGCCUUGGUUAAAGAAAUUCGUCAAGUGGCUUUGGAAAAUGUUUCUCCAGAUGCUUAUAUAAGAGCUUUGCUGUUGAUCAUGCGUGCAGUGGAUAACUUCUACGUGCUCUCUGAUCCUCUUCUAAGGAGACAUUUUUCUAAGGGGAGGAAUACAACACUAUUAUUAUUUCCUAGUCCAAAAUACAUGUAUUAUGGAGAGAAUCAAGGACCUUGUUGGCCUUGGUUUAAAGAAAAAAGGGGGGUCUAUGGCAAAUAGUCAAGACUGUACAGACACUACCAUUAUUUCCUAAUCCAUAAAUGCAUGUAUUAUGGGUGGGUUAUUUCCCAGCGGCACAUCGUAUUCUUCUCACUGAAGUGUCGUGAAGAGUGGGUGGUACAAAUUGGUUUAAUCAUGAUAGGAAUUGUAUUCCGAGUUUAUACUAUGUUUAAUUAUAUUAUACACACUGCACUGAAUCUGGUAAUGCUAAGAAAUGUAGCUACUGUAGACUGUACAUGUAUCAAUCAAUAUAAAUUCAAGGAUAGAAAGUUGAAGACAGAAUCGAAUUAACUCACGUUUGAAAUGCUAUUUCAGCAUUUAUUAGGAGCUGCACUUUGGACUUUUCAGGAAAGUAUAUUCUGCAAACAGACUUGGAAAUGAUUAUGAGAAAAAAAAAACUUUUUUUGCAUGGACAAGAACCAAUAACCCAGUGCAUGGACUUAGCCAGCCACUUUUAGUGCACACCAGAAAACGUGAAUCAAAAGAGCGCUUAGACCUAGGGAAAAAAUUCCCUGAAUCAAAUCUCCAGUCCCCCAAAAAAUCACGAUUAUGGUCGGCCCACUUUUGCAAGGGUGAGUUUCUUUAAGAGAAUUCAGCUUUUAGAUGGUUAUGCGGAUCACUUGGAGUUGUUCCCACGGACAAAGGAAAUAUCAAUAUCAGUAUGCAUGGUGGGAAGACUGCUUGCCCAAUGAACCUUUUCAGAAUUUCAAAUUGUGCCAAGAAAGAUUCCAUUUGCCAGACCGUGCAGCAGUGUCCACAUUCGAUCCACAUCAGUUAACACACAGGUUUAGGUGGACAAUUUCGUCCAUUUACUUUGUCACCCUAAGCCUUGAUAUGGUGCCUUCGAUCACAGGAAUAUUGGAAUUUUCCUGCUUAGCAAACUGCUGAUUUUGGAUGUUUCUGGACAGAAUGACAAAUUAUAUUAAUAUUUUUACGCACACAGACCAUCACUUUAGAUUGCAAAAUGGCUCCUCUGUAUCUCUUAAUUAGCGAGCUUUCUGCUUUAGAAUGUUAUCUUUUGAGGCGC